UCCCGAGCUCUUCCGAGUGACUGAAUCCAUUCCACAUCUCAUCACGCCCAUCGUUUCACAAUUCGCACAGACGCGCCAACUCUCGUUGAGCCAGCCCAUAUCGCAUUUGCCUCGCGCCCAUGGUCUCGUCAAUGAAGCACUGCAGAUAUCAGGCCGAGGUGCCAUUGUCCCUCUCGCUCUCCCUCGGCGCCGUGACUGGACGGAACAAGAAGACACGCCGCAGUGCAGACGGCGAGUUCGUGUGCAAGACGUGCAGCCGCUCCUUCCCGUCGUUCCAGGCGUUGGGCGGACACCGGACAAGCCACCUGCGCGGCCGCCACGGGCUCGCGCUCGGACUCGCCGCCGGGACCGAUCUGCCGGCGACCAAGAAGGCCACGGAGCAGAAGCAGGCGCACCAGUGCCACGUCUGCGGGCUCGAGUUCGAGAUGGGGCAGGCGCUGGGCCGCCACAUGCGUCGGCACCGCGAGCAGGAGGCCGCCACCACGGCGCAUGCGCCUCCCGUUCUGCUACAGCUCUUCGUCUAGCUCUAGCUUGUUCGAUAUGGAUACACAUCAAGUGCGGGUUUACUCGUUCGUCUAUAUGCCGUUGGUCUUGGUUCAUUCUUUCAUUUUUCUACGCUUAUGUAAAUAUUUACGA